AUGCGCCGCACUCCACAACGCCCUCGCCCAGCUGAGCCUGCUGUCGCAACCCCUCGUACCAUCGAACCGCCUACCAAGAAGAUCUUCAACUGUAUCGCCGACGACUCGGCACUGCUCGCAGGCGCAAAGAAAAGCACCCGCGACGGUAUCCGGAAAUGGAUUGCCAACGGCCAGAUUAGACUCUUUGUGCCCCUCUACACCCUCGCUCAAACCACUCGCCUGAAGGACGGAAAUGGUCGCAUCAGCAGCGACGCCGAAGACGCCCUGGUCUGGCUCGACGAUGCCACCAGCACUUACCCCCACCUCGUCACACUCCAAGGCGGCUUCGAAAAAUUCGAGACAUGGACAGAGGUCGAGAAGUUCGCUUUGCCCAGGACUUUGUUCUCCGAAGGCGAUGCCGACGACGAAGAAGUACAGCCUUUCUCCGAGGACCUCGCUGGCAACGUCGAAACCAAACUUGCUGUUCGCGACGCAAACCUGUCCAUGAGUUCUGUCGACACCGAUGGCUCUCGAUCAGCAACUCCGACUUCCGUACACACCGCCCGUAGCUCUAUCAGCCCAGAGCCUCCCACCGAGUGCCCACCCAAGAACCGCAGUCGCUCUCAUGCAUUCAAGUCCCCAGCCAAGAAGACCGUCCCUGGCUCUACCUCCACCUCCGGCGUUCCCUCGCACUUGCGUCCUCUGUUCAAUUACAUUCUCUGGCGUAUUCACCAGGAGUUGGAUCCUGUCGCUGCUCUGGAAUCCUUCAUCUUCUUGACUGACGACCCAACCAAGACUAAACUCGCCCAGCGUUUCGGUAUCCGCACCAAGAGUCUCGCCGACAUCCGUUACGUCGUCGCAAGGGAAGAGCGUGAGUUCAAAAACAGACAGCUUGUUCAGCGCAAGGAGAUCGAGAGCAAUGCCGUUCUUGCACGCCCUGACACUCGCGUCGCUGCUGCAACGACUGCAGCCGCACCCAUCGACGAUGAAGACAAGGUGCGUCCAGAGCUGUUGCCUGUCGAUGAGAGACCCGCCCCAGUCAGCGAGGAUGAAGAAGACGAGGUCCUCCUGAAGCGUCCACCCAAAGCUCCUGCAGCCAUGCUUGCCCAGCACAAGUCGCCCAAGCCUGCAAACAAGGUUAUGGAUUCGAACCAAUUCUCGCGCGGAGGCCAAACCCCUGCUCGCGGAAACGCUCGUGGAGGUGCUUUCAGAGGCAACGCUUCUCGUGGUCGUGGCACCCCCUUGGCACCUACUAAUGCAGGAAGGGGCGCCACACCAGCAAAGCUGGAUCUCACUCCCACCACUAACGGCAGUGGCCCGAUUGAUCCUAACUCUUUCACCCGCCCUGCUGCCAACACCAACAAGUUCAGAGGCGGUCGCAGACUCUGGGUCCCUACGUAA